AAUAGCCAAGUAUAAGAAAGUCAAAGGGCUUCCGUGCUAGUACGAACGGAGAGCUGUCAUUUAGUUUCAGUUUUACACCACGCUUGAGGUUGCAAAUUCCUGCUAUGCCUAAAAUACCAAAAUGGGCAUCAAAUAUUCUUAAAAAAAUAUCAAACAAGAUCAAAGAAAGAUCUCCGAUAAAAUCUUUACCAACUAUCAAUCUAAGUUUGGAAAUCCCUAUAACAGUCGAAAGCACUGGCCUAAAUCCGUGUUCGCCCAAGUGCCACCCUUUAGGUAGAAAAGGAUUGAAGGUCAAGAUUGGUGCAACGAAAAUUGCUCUCAGCAUAACUAUUGGUGGAAGAAAAAUAUUUAGCUCAAGCUUGGGAUGUAUUGGGCUGAUUAUCAUCGAAUACUGCUAUGACAUUCCACCUCAUGACCAGACUUGCAGGCCGACUGAAAAACCAGAUCCGCCAGAAACUGGAUGUGGAAAUGAUGAAAAACCCAAUAAUGGAUUGGGAAAAUGUGGGGAUCCUCCUGUCUGCUUAACUGGUUGGUCAGGAGAUGGAUGUUCCAAACCAGAUCCACCAUCAGGGUGCGUCAAUGGCCAACCCUUUGGCUCUGAGAACUGUACCGUGACUUGUAAAUGUGAUCCAGGAUGGAUUGGCCUCGCAUGCGAUGUAAGAGCACCAUCGAUAACUACUGGUGAUCCUCAUUUGACUACGUUCGAUGGAGUAAAUUAUGACUAUUUUGGUAUUGGUGAACUCUGGGGAUGCCAGAGCAUUGAGAAUGACUUUGGUCUUCAGUUCCGCUUCUUUGCCUACGAAAGAAGCUCCUUGACGGGAGGAAUUGCACUGAAAGCAGGCAACAACACUAUCACAUUAAUGACUGUUCGUACACCUAACAUCGCCGAUUUUCCAGUACUAAGGUUAAAUGGACAAAAAUUAGACGAAAUCCCAUUUUUGGGUAAAGAAUUCAAAUUGGACAAUGGAACAGUAAUGWUUAGUUUGUCCAGAAAGUCAAAAAUAGAAUCAAACGACUCAGCAGUUUUGUUGAUGUCCGUUGAAUACAAAUCAGGUGCAGCGGUAAGCUUCGACGUUCGACACAGCAAAGUAAUGGGAAGACAAUACAUCAACAUAGGGCUGACGCCUACCGUAGAUUUUAAAAGGAAAACCAGUGGCUUGUAUGGGUAUAUGGAUGGGGAUCCAUCCAAUGAUUUUCAGGGACCAGAUGGCAAGAUAUACACCGAUCCAAUCAAAUUUGCAGAGAGUUGGAAAAUAACGACUUCUAGCAGUCAAAGUUACGGAUGGUCAUGGAAAGACUCCAAUUUUCAUCCCGAAGACGCUAUGGAUCAUUCUUAUAUUGACCCAGCGUUUGUGCCACUUUACAAUCUACAAGGGAUCGAUGAUCGAACAAUAAAGAAAGCGAAACGUUUAUGCUCAUCCAUGGGAUUGACUGGGGAUUUGCUGAAAGGCUGCGUAUAUGACAUCGCCAUUACAAAUGACACAUCACUGUCUGAACAAGAAACACUUCAGCAAGGUUGUGAAAAUGUUUGUUCUGGAAGAGGUCGAUGCAUAAAUCAAACGUGUGAAUGCAUUGAAGGAUGGUCGGGGAAUACCUGUGAAAUAGGACAAUGUAGCAAUUGCUCUAUACUGCAUGGCAAGUGUAUCAGUGGGUUUUGUCACUGUAUUACAGGUUGGGAAGGAGAAAAUUGCGACCAGGAAGCCACAUGUUUUAAUCGAAACAACUGUACAAGUCCACUUCAUGGCAAAUGCAAAACAACUGAUAUCUGUCUUUGUAAUGAUGGAUUUACAGGAAAGAACUGCAGUAUUAUGCCUACUUGCUAUGAAGUUGCAAAUUGUUCUUCUCAUGGUGUCUGCGUAGAUUUUGACGUUUGCAAAUGCAAUAAAGAAUGGACUGGUAAAAACUGCUCUGAAUUUUCGUGCCACGAUUUGUCCUUCUGUUCAGGUCAUGGUCAUUGCAUAAACCUUUACGAGUGUAAAUGCGACCGAGGAUGGACCGGAGUUAGUUGUGGUGUGCCUGACUGCCCAGACGUUAAACAGUGCUCUCAAAAUGGAGACUGCAUAUCAAGCAAUCAGUGCAAGUGUAAACUUGGAUUUCAGAGCGAAGACUGCAGCAAGCCUUCCGACUGCUCAUCUUUAUCAAACUGCAGCAAUCAUGGCAUUUGUGAAAAUACAGAUGGCAAAAACUCAACAUGCAGGUGCUUUUCUGGAUUCAGUGGCCCAACAUGUAAUGAAACAUCAUGUGCAGAAGUCCAUAACUGCACUGACCAUGGAGAAUGUAUUGAUGCUAACCUUUGUAACUGUACCAUUGGAUACACUGGGUAUGACUGUAGCAACUUCUCCUGUGAGGUGCUGAACUUCUGUUCAGGACGUGGUGAAUGCAUCGAUUAUAAUGUUUGCAAGUGUUCAGGCUUGUGGUAUGGAAUCGCCUGUACCAUUCCAAACUGUACUGCUUAUAAAGACUGUUCUCAAAAAGGAGACUGCAUCGCACCAAACACUUGUGAAUGCUACCGGGGAUACGAUGGCAAGUACUGUGAUCAACCGGCGCCACCAAAUUUGCAUUCCCCAGUCUUUAACCUCACCGUUUUUAACUUUAUUUUAAACGAGAGCUUACCUGCCGGAACACCGAUAGGAAUGAUCGUCGCUAACGAUUCUGAUACCGGUCGCAAUGGAAAAAUCCUGUAUUCUCUUAUUUCAGAUAGAUAUAGUCGUUUAUUGCUCUUAAACAGCUUCUCAGGAGCUCUGUCAUCGGGAGUAGUUUUCGACUAUGAAACUCUUCAAAAUGCAACUUUCAAAAUCGAGGUAAUUGCAUCAGACGACGGAUUUCCGCAAAAGUUCACCAAAACAAACGUAUUUAUAACGGUUAGAAACGUGAACGAUAACUGUCCAGUUUUUAAUGGGUAUCCAACCACCAUUGAUAAAACAAUGCUGCACAUUGAUGAUUCGAAUUUUGAGCUCUUCUCGGUGGUUGCCACUGAUGCUGACAGUGACGAAUAUGGAUAUGUGACCUAUGGCAUUACCCCACCAAGUAUGCAGCGCUAUUUUGCUAUCGAUCCAUACAAUGGCACGAUUAUUGUGAAGGAGGUACUUCAACCAGAUGUAUAUGUCUUUGAUGUUGUUGCAACAGACUAUGGAGACCCUCCCUGCGAAUCAAAGAAGGCUGUAAAGUUGACUGUUCUUUCGACCGAAGAUAAAACGCCUACCACCGAACAACCAUCGACAACUACCCCAUCUACCAAACCUACGACUGCGAAAACAACAACAGAAGAAACAGAGAAACCUAAAUCAACAGAUAAAAAAACAACCAGUACAUCAGCCAUACCUUCCUUUUCAACGACAGAAACAUCAACGAUUAUAGCUCAAUCGACCAAAAAACCUGUGUCCACUAGUGAUACAGUAAAGAUUAUUGUUUUUGUYGUAUUGGGUGUCAUUUUUGUUGUAACUGUUUUUUCCAUAUUGCUAUGGCGAUUUUGUUGUCGCAAGACACCUCCCCGCCAAAACCAUGAUGGCAGACAUAACAAAGGAUUUGAUGGGGUACCAAUGGAACCUAUUCAACAGCGAAGACCCUAAAUACUUAGCUAGAACGAAACUGAAUUAAGUGCAGUACAUCCUUUUGUUUCAGCUGACGCAAAAUGCAUUUAUAGCAUUUAUAUACGCUUUGUAAAUAAGCAAAGGCUAAGGUAGGAGGUAUAAACUGUUAAAGCAUCAAUUGUAGGAAAGGAUAGUAUUUACAAAAGUCCUAGCGAGAGUCUCACAGCUAGGAGUAUGUACUUUGUGUGUGAGGAGACAGGGGGAGGGGUAGGUGCUUCUUCUAUAAGAAAGCUCCUAAGCUCUUCAACCCCACUUCCCUGUCCUUUCCCAACAUUUUAUUUGAUAUAAGACUAUUUUAAACACUUGUAAGCUGAGGAAAUUGUUCUUAAAUAAAUAUCUAAAGUCUUGAUUCUAA